UCGGGGGGCGGAGCCACGAGGUCACUGCCGGGCAGGGCCGGCGCCGGGAGUGUCAUGGCGGCGCCGUUGAGAGACCGGUUGAGUUUUCUGAGCCGGCUGCCGGUGCUGCUGAGAGGCACGGCAGACGACGACGUCCCCUGCCCCGGGUACCUCUUUGAGGAGAUCGCCAAGAUCUCCCACGAGUCGCCCGGCAGCAGCCAGUGCCUGCUGGAGUACCUGCUCCGCCGGCUGCAGAGCAGCUCCUGCCGCGUCAAGCUGAAGGUGCUGAAGAUCCUGCUGCACACAUGUGCCCAGGGCUCCCCCCAGUUUGUCCUGCAGCUGAAGCGGAAUGCCUGCUUCAUCCGGGAGGCAGCAGUGUUCACUGGGCCCCCAGACCCCCUCCAUGGCAACAGCUUGAACCAGAAGGUCCGGGCAGCCGCACAGGACUUGGCCAGCAUUCUCUUUUCGGACACGCCACUGCCCCAACCUGCUGCACUGCCUGCCCGUUCCCUGCCUCCCGUGGGCAUGGGCUCCAGCCCCAGCCCCUGCAGCUCCUUGCAAGGAUUUGGCUUCAGCAGCGAGAAAAACGUCUCCACUUCGAAGGGGGAAGCCCUGAUCAGCACCAUCCAGCGAGCAGCGGAAGCAGUGGCCCACGCCGUCCUCCCCUCCCCGGAGGGGCCCCGGCCUUGCCACAGGGAGCUCCACGAGGACGCCUACCAGCCCGUGAGAGCCCCCUCACCGGCCAGGAGCCCGGCUGGGACUGUGAAGCCACCAGCAGCCACUGCAGCCCACAGCACCCGAGUGAGCCACCAGCCGGGGCUGGCCGGGGGCGGCUGGGAGGAGGCAGACAGUGGGCACAGCUCCCAGGACUCCUCGCAGGGGAACGGCGAGCUGAGCCGCACCUCGGACUCCUGCAGCAAAUCAGGCAGCGACAGCCAGUCCGGGGCCAGCCGGGAGCUGGCCCACGUGGCUGAGAGGGUGGACGCUGACAGCCUAGGCGACUGUGUGCAGGAGGUGAGCCUUGUGUCGGCGCUGACCCGCGGUGCCAGGGUCUUCCUCACCGGGGAGGAAGCACAGCACUUCGUCAAGGAGUGCGGGCUGCUGAACUGCGAGGUGGUGCUGGAGUUGCUUGGCCGUGCGCUGGAGGACCCCAGUGACACCGUCCGCAUGCGGUCCAUGUGCGCCAUCUCGUCCCUCAUGUGCUCCGACCUGCUCUCCCUGGAGCAGAUCCUUGCCGGCACACGGCAGCACCUGCAGCAGCUCAGCCACGGCAGCCCCGGUCCUGUUGCCAACCGGGCAACAAAGAUCCUGCGGCAGUUCGAGGCACUCUGCAGUGGCCAGACCCCCCCGACGGCGUGCCCAGGUGCGGAGCCCCGCGCCCUCGCCCUGGUCUCAGCCCCGGGCACCGGUGACCUGCUGGCGGGCAUCGCCCCCCUGGGCGGCGAGGGCAUCCUCACCCCGCUGAGCCUGGCCUCGCCGCCCGCGGCAGCGGAGACCCCCGCGCAACGCGGGGCCGCGGGACUGGGCUGUACCUGCGGGGGACCUGGCACGGCGGGUGCCGCUGAGCCCCCCCGCAGCCCGUCCCUCUUCGCGGGCAUGGAGCUGGUGGCACGGCCGGGCGCAGAGCGGGGCCCCCCCGAGCCGGUGCCGCCGCAGCCGCGGGACGCACGGGCGGGCGCCGGGAGCCGCGGGCAGCGCUCGGCCUUCGCCUUCCUCAACAUGUAGCUGCUGGGGGGCCCCGGGGGGCUGCGGGGCUGCGCCCACCCGCGGGGCCGGUCCUGCCAUGGCCCCCCCGGGGCUCCCUGCGGGUGGGCAGCUGCCCCCACCCCUGGCUCGGCAGGGACAGGGGCCCCACGCCCCCCAGCUCCCCUUCAGCACCGAUCAGAGCAGCCCCCCCAGAGGCGAGGGGAGGGGGCUCCCGGGGGGCGCGGGGGGGGGGUUACAGCGUCCCUCCCACGGGCUGUGCUGCCCGGGGCCCCCGGUAUCCCGGGGGAGGGGCGCGGCUGCGGCACCCCCCGCUUGGCGGGGUUGAGCUGGGGGCGGGUUGGGGACCCCGGCAGAACCGGGGGGGGGUCCUGCGUGACCCGCAGCCGCCAGCCCGCAGCGGCUGUGGGGCUGGGGGGAGAACACGCCGUCCCAGUGGGGCCGGCACCCACCAAUAAACCCCACAGUCGAGUCUGGGAACGUG